GAAAUAUUAAUAGUUCUACCUCCACCGGGCGCCCGCGCGGACCAGCAGCCUCCGCCUCGGCCGCGCGGGGAAGGGCCGCGCGAGGAGCCGUGCGGCUGCGGGGAGCACGCGGGGCUGAACGGCCGUGAGCGCCCCCACGGCCCGAGCCGAUGGACGCGAACCCGUGGGGGCCCGGGACCCCCGCUGGAGCCCGCCGCCCUUAUUGCAGGAGCGAGCGGGACAUCACCUUCUAGAAGUAAUGCCCACAGAAAGCGGGAGCUGCUCCACUGCUCGCCAAGCAAAACAGAAACGCAAAUCUCAUAGCCUUUCCAUACGAAGAACCAACAGCUCGGAGCAGGAGAGGGCGGGCCUGCCAAGAGAGAUGCUGGAAGGACAGGAUUCUAAACUGCCUUCCUCGGUUCGCAGUACACUUUUGGAGCUGUUUGGUCAAAUAGAGAGAGAGUUUGAAAACCUUUACAUUGAAAACUUAGAAUUGCGUAGGGAGAUUGAGACUCUUAAUGAACGUUUAGCUGCUGAAGGACAAGCGAUCGAUGGGGCGGAACUGAGUAAGGGCCAGCUCAAAACAAAAGCCAGCCACAGCACCAGCCAGCUCUCUCAGAAGCUGAAGACCACUUACAAGGCCUCUACCAGCAAGAUUGUCUCCAGCUUCAAGACCACCACGUCGAGGGCCGUGUGCCAGCUCGUGAAGGAGUACAUUGGCCACAGGGAUGGCAUCUGGGACGUCAGUGUGGCGAGGACACAGCCUGUGGUGCUGGGCACUGCGUCUGCCGAUCACACGGCCCUGCUGUGGAGCAUAGAGACAGGCCGGUGCCUCGUCAAGUACUCGGGCCACGUGGGGUCAGUAAAUUCUAUAAAGUUUCAUCCUUCAGAGCAGUUGGCUCUUACCGCUUCUGGAGAUCAGACCGCCCACAUUUGGAGAUAUGCCGUUCAGCUGCCGACACCCCAGCCUGUGGCCGACAGCACUCAGCAGAUAUGUGGCGAAGAUGAGGUGGAGUGCUCCGAUAAAGAUGAGCCUGAUGUGGACGCGGACGUGUCCAGUGACUGUCCUACCAUCCGGCUGCCACUGACGUCUCUUAAGAGCCACCAGGGAGUGGUCAUAGCCGCUGACUGGCUGGUUGGGGGGAAGCAGGCAGUGACGGCCUCCUGGGACAGAACGGCCAAUCUGUUUGACGUGGAGACGGCAGAACUCGUCCACUCUCUGACAGGGCAUGACCAGGAGCUAACGCACUGUUGCACACACCCCACCCAGCGGCUUGUGGUGACCUCCUCCCGGGACACGACUUUCCGUCUUUGGGAUUUCAGGGACCCUUCCAUCCACUCCGUGAAUGUCUUCCAGGGCCAUACGGACACCGUGACCUCGGCUGUGUUCACCGUGGGAGAUAACGUCGUUUCAGGCAGCGAUGACCGCACCGUGAAGGUCUGGGACUUAAGGAACAUGAGAUCCCCCAUUGCGACUAUUCGCACAGACUCUGCCAUCAACAGGAUCAACGUGUGCGUCGGCCAGAAGAUAAUCGCCCUCCCACACGACAACCGGCAAGUGAGGCUGUUCGACAUGUCGGGCGUGCGGCUGGCGCGGCUCCCGCGCAGCAGCCGGCAGGGCCACAGAAGAAUGGUGUGCUGCUCGGCGUGGAGUGAGGACCACCCCCUGUGCAAUCUGUUCACCUGCGGGUUUGACAGGCAAGCCAUUGGCUGGAGCAUCAACAUCCCCGCAUUGUUACAGGAGAAGUGAGGUCGCUGCGCUCCCCAGUGGCGCGGCCGCCGUGGACCUGUGGACUGGUGCCGCUCUUCUCCUGUCAGCCAAGCCCUUUUUCUGCGAGUCGGGCCCUGCAAAGGGUGAUUUGUAUGUUCUUUUCUCAUUGUACCCAGCUUGCAUGAAAUGUACAGCCAAACGUAUGGUCAUAUGUCUUAUUUCCGUCUUGUGUGUAUGUGGGCGCCCUCUGCCCCGUGUGGACAAAGCCCCUUUCCCAUGGCCCGGCGUGUGUCGUGAGUUGCUGCGUCUGACCGCUGACGGCAUGGCGUUACGUUUGUGUGAGUUAAAUGUGAACCCCGCGUACUUACUGUGAGGCGCAAGUAGAGUGUGGCAUUUCUGGAAUACUGACACGCGUCUGCCUCGUGCUGGGAAGGUCACGGAGCUGCGCUCGUGUUGGUGAGCGCACUGGGUGGGGGGCCGCUGGGAGGCUUCCCGUGUACUUCCAUGUGGGGUGUGAGCGUGCACUGUGCCGUAAUUCGGCUGCAUCUCUGUUCUCUCAGAGUUAACGUGAAACUGAACCCGGAUGUUAGCGUUAACAAGUAGAAUGCGGACUUUAUGUUUGGAGAAUUUUUUUGAAAAGAAAAAGUUUCUGCUCUUUUUAUAGAAAAUCGUUUCAAUCUCCUGAGGUCUCAUAUUAGCAAAUUCAAAAGUGUGAUUUUAAUCACUGAUUUCAGAUAGUAAGCAAAAUUUAAAGCACUUUAGUUUAUAGCCGUGGUUAUAAACAGUUUUUAGAAGUUACAGAUGACUCAUCCAUUGAAUGUGACUUGACCUUUUGAAGAAGGCCCUGCCUGCUACCUGAACACAUGAACUUAUUUAUUUUCUACUCUUGGGUUUGCGUAUUUCUCAGUGGGUUCACUUCCUCGGUGGGGUUUGGGAGCCAACAAUGCAAAUAAAUGAGUACUACCUCAGAACGGCGCGUCUGGAGACCGCGGGCGGCUCGCUGCUGUGUGUGGCUGGGACGCUGGGUUCAGAGGGCAGGACAGACGGCUGUGGCGGCUGCGUCCUGACACCCAGGCUCUCCCGCUCGUCGGCAGGGGUGGCAGAAGUGACGCGUUGCCGGCUGGCCGCCGGCCCCCACAUGCUCCCCCUGGCCCCCACCUGGGCGGCCCGUAGCUCUGGCCUUCGUAGGACUCCCUGUUGUCUGCUGUCUGUGAGUUCAUGUUUCUUGCUUGGUCACAGUUUUGAUAAAGAGCCAUCUGUGCGUACUGCCCUCCUGUUUUUCAUUCUUUGAAUGUGUGCACUUGGAGAGGCAUAUGAGGGUGACAGCAGAGACGGUCACGGGUGCCCCGCUGCCGGUGGGGACAGCUGGUGGGGUCGGCAGAGCAUGCGGGCCGCCCCGGGUCCUGAGUGAAUGUGCCUCACUUGAGGCUCCUUUGGCUCAGGUCCUGCGUGCGGUAGCUCAUGAGGAAUUCCAGCCCUGAGUUCUCUGGAACGAUUCUGAGAUGAUUGACGCAGUCUGGAAGGGAAGAAGGGCCAGGAGAGACCCGUCCUGUACGGUUAUGGUCUCGGCUGAGGUCGGUGCCUGGAGGGCACACAGCAAAGGCUUCAGGACACGGUCAUCUCUGAGGCCUGGCAUCUGCCCAGGGUGCCCAGCCCCUGCCGCCUGAGGGCACCACACCCCCAGCGGUGGAGCCGCGGUGAUCUGGGGCCGCCAGGCUGUGUGUCCACACUUUUGGUUUCCAUGUGAAUGUCUGGGUGUCUUAGAAUCAUUGUUAGGGACACCGAAAAACGUAUACAAACACAGCUGAAUCCAGCUUACAAACCAGAUCUUUGCCGGAUUAAAAAAAGUGGAAGCUUUUAAAUGAAUGUUUCUGAUGGCUGUUUGGUUCUCUGCCGACUAGUGGCCUCCGUGGCCGGCAGCUGCUCACCGCCACGCCGACGGGAGCGCCGACCUACUUGCUCCUCCUGCAUCUCCACGGGGCACAAGGCCUCCUGCUUUGGGACAGUUCUCAGCAGCAGGACACCCUGCUGUCAUGACCUCAUCGUCCACGGAUGUGCUUCCGUUCAGCUGCUGCUGUGGCCUUAGUAGUGGUGUUCUCGGGAGUCACGGAGAUUUGGGAUCGUGCGUGCGUGUCCGUGUGCAUGUGUGUACUUGUGUGGCUGAAAUUAAGUCAUGAUCAGCCACACGUGAUCUCAUCUGAGAUAGUGUUUGGAAGUGAGUGGUUUUGUUCUGUGUGCUCACAUGUUCAGAAUUUCAUUCAGUAAUGGAAGGAGAAUGUGUGGUCACUGGAAAAUGUAUAUUGACAGAAAAUUUCAUAAGAACUAUGUUGUUGGACAAAACAGUACUCUUCUCAACCACUGCACAUUGACUUCUGUAAAGACAGAAAUUGUGUACAUAUUUUGGAAUUUGAAGAAUUCUAUGUAAAUCACUUGUUGCUUAAAUCUGUGAAAAACCAAGUUUCUUUGGGGGAAAAGUAUGCAUUUAUAAGUGUUGUGUAGAGCAAGUGUUUUUGUUGUAUUGGUGUACUUGUUUUUAAGUGUUGAAUGUCUUCAUUGCCAUAUGAAAUUCAUUAAAAAUCCACGUUCUGUAA